AUGCUCCUUCCAGCCCAGUCUGCUAUCUCGCUUAACCGAGGCGUACAGUACUGUAUACCUGAAGCGCGUCGGAAGGCUCCAAACAACUUAGCUUUGCAUCGGAGCUCCAGCACAUAUUUGACUAUCAGCGGAUCCAUCGCUCUACGAAUCUCCGGAAAGAAUGUCUACUGGCGUCGCAAUACCGGCAGGGAAGGCUUGCCCUGGAAGCUUCAAUUCAAAAGCUCGGGCAUCUGCCGUCGUAAGUCUUGCAUUUCAGCAUAUUCUUUCCAUUGCGCGAGUUGA